ACACCAACUCACCCUCUCAGACCCCUUCGUGUAACAUACCUACAUUUACUUCACUCACUUACAUACACACAACAUGGCACCUCCAUCCGCAAUCGAGUCCCAGAAUAGCAGCGAGACGAAGCCGAGCAAUGUUGCUCCUCUCGAGCCAGGUCUGAAUGAGAAGGAAUCCAAAAUGAAGGCCAUAAAGUUCCCUAGCCCAUCCAAGUUCGACGACCCAUACAAGGAGCGUGCAUACCUCAAGGGGAGACUGGCUGCCGCUUUCCGUAUCUUUGGCAAGUACGGGUACGACGAGGGUGUUGCCGGACACAUCACGAUGCGUGACCCAGUCGAUCCCACAACCUUCUGGGUGAACCCUUUCGGCGUCGCCUUCAGCUUGAUCAAAGCCUCUGACCUGAUCCUCGUGGACCACAAUGGCGAGGUCAUCGAUGGGGGCCCAUGCCGCCUGCUCAACUCAGCAGCAUACAUGAUCCACUCAGCCAUCCACGCAGCGCGCCCAGAUGUCCUCGCAGCCGCACACAGCCACUCGAUCUACGGUCGUGCGUUCUGCUCGCUCGGUCGCAAGCUCGACACCAUCACACAGGACUCAUGCGCCUUUCACAACGAUCACGUCUUGUAUGAGAGCUUCAACGGUGUCGUGCUGGCAGAAGAAGAGGGCAAGAACAUUGCGCGGGCGCUUGGUGACAAGAAGGCCGCGUUGUUGAUCAACCAUGGUUUAUUGACGGUCGGCAAGUCGAUCGAGGAAGCGGUCUUCUGGUUCGUGUCGCUGGACAAGUGCUGUCAGGCGCAGAUGCUGGCGGAUGCGGCAGCAGGCGGACGAGGUGGAGAGACUGUCAAGAUUGGUGAGGAGGAGGCUGUUUUCACAUACAAGACUGUAGGGACGCCGCGCGCUGGCUGGUUCAGCGCGAAGCCGCUAUUCGAUGUCAUCCAUAAGGAGACAGGAGGCGAUUACCUUGAGUAAGAAAGUCACAACAUUAAUUGUUGAUGAUAUCUUGUACUUCGAGACCCACUACAAAAC